GCCCUACGCACGGCUUCCCUCGGAGGGCGCCGCCCUGCCCCCACACACGCCUCCCGCCGGCCGAUGCUCUCACAGCCCGGCGCGAGCCGCACCUGCGCGUCAGCGCGCUCUGGCAGCCGGCGGCCAACGAGCGCCGCCCGGCGGAGAGUGCGUGUGCUCACUACGCGCCAAAGCCCUGCGCAUCCGCGGGGAGCGCCGAGAGAAUAGAGGCGGCUCGGGGUGGGCCCGGCGCAGGCGGAAGGGACCUUCACAGUAAGACGAACCCGCCUCCCGCUUACACCUCCGACGACGAUUGGCUGCACGGGUCCACGCUCUCGGGCGGUGAUUGGCUCAGAGUCAGUGGGUCUGGGUACGAUUGGCUGGCGGGAAGUGGCGGUUUUUUUCUCUCCCCGGCCCUGAGCUCAUCAGUUGCCAAAAUGACAGCCAGGAAGGAGAUGCAGCAAUUUGAAAAGCUAAUUGAUGAAGUUGCAAGGAAAAACAAUUUUGAAUUGUUGGAAGAAUACCUGGAAAGAGAAGACUGUGAAAAUAUCUCCUACAAAUGCAGCAAGCAGUUGGUCAACAAGUUAGACAAGCUUCUGUGUCAGGAACUUGACAAGCAAGAAAUCAAAAGUGUUUCAACUUUACUAAAUUGUCUUUGGAAAUGUGGGGAGAAAAUCAGCAUAGCAGGCGAAAAUGGACUCCCAGCAAUGACAAAAUGUGGUCUUGUUGGAAAGAUGGUUAAUUGGUAUGAAAAGUUAAAAGGAAUUUUGAUUCUCAGAGGAACUGAAAAGAACAAAAUCACUGCAAGUCUGGCUGAAGAUUUCUUCAACAUAUUGCUGAUUGUAUAUGACAGCAGACCUGAAGGUAAAAUGGAAAUACUAGAAAACUUUGUUCUAAGAACAUGUACCAUCAUUACUGAUGUAAGAAUUAGUAUUUAUGUCCAGCAAGAGGUAGUAAGAAAACUUAAUUUAAUGCUUGACAGCAUGCCUCGAGAUGCCAGGAAAAAGAUAUUUUCUACAAAAGAAAUGUUGCUUGUCAUGAGUGACAUGGGUAGGAGAAUUUUGGAUGCUGGAGACUAUGACCUGCAAGUAGCCAUCACAGAAGCUUUAUGCAGAAUGAUACCAGAGAAGCAAAGAAGAGAACUGGCAUGCCAGUGGUUUUCCAUGGAGUUUGUGUCCAAUGCAUUUAAAGGAAUUAAAGAUUCUGAGUUUGAAACAGAUUGCAGAAAAUUCCUUAAUCAGGUGAAUGGCAUGCUUGGAGAUAAAAGAAGGGUUUUUACAUAUCCGUGUUUAUCAGCAGCUCUUGAUAAAUAUGAGCUACAGCUCCCAUUGGAUGAAAAUCUGGAAGAAUUUUGGAUUGAUUUCAACGUUGGUAGUAGAAGUAUAUCUUUCUACGUGGCAGCAGAUACUGCAGAUCAGCAGUGGGAAACAGUCAUUAUUCCAGAGGAAGAGGUAGACCUAUACAACCUUGAAGAGAAAGAUUCAAAGACAUUAUUAACAAUAGUUCUAAAAAGCCCAAUGAAUGUGGGUAAUCAAGACGGAGAGAAAUUUUUUUUGUAUUUUGAUUCUAUCUUGAAAAUUGAAGAUGUAGCCAGAAAGAUUUAUGGGUUAAAUAAAUGUAAGGAAUUUAGUAAGAAGCAAUCUAUGUCAGUUGCUAAAACAACUGUGCAUAUCGUCUUUGAUGAAAGCGGAUCACAGGUUCUGGUACCAGAAAGUCAGUUGUCACCAUGUUUGGAAGAAAAGUAUGAAGAUGACAAAUUUAGUAAGUGCAAAACACAGCAAAUUCCUGGAAGUCAGAGGUCUUUGAAUAAAAACAACCAGGAUAAAUGCAAAGAUGGUUCCCCCAAGAUAACCACAUCUUGUAAAAGGAAAGUGUCUGAAGCAUCAGUGCUUAUACCUGCAAGUGCAAGAUUUUCCACACGGAGUCCACUGGUAUUUCUUAGUACGUCCACUCCUUCUAAAGGACGAUUUAAGCUACCUUUGAAAAUGAUGAGCUCCGUUGAAAGGUCUAGCAGUAAUGCAGAAAAUGGGACUAGAACUAAAAAUCUAUAUCAGCAGCUUACUGAAAAUGGACAAGGAUGUACAUCAGAUAAUGAAUUUUGUGAAACAGAGCAGAAUACCAGGAAAUCAAAAAUCAGAGAAGAGGCAGAACUACCAGAAAAGGGAGUGUGUUCUGAAGGAGUUUUAAAACUUUUACCAGAGGCAGAAAAUGGAGCCACUGAAAAGCAAACUUCAGAUGAUGCAUUAGAUAUCGUUCUUGAUUCGCAGCGGGCAGGGAGGAGCAACAAAUCUCUACUGCCUGGUCAUUUGGGAAGUUCUUCUGAUAAAAAAAGAACAUGGAAAAAAAGAGUGUGUUCUGUCCCUCAGAAGAAUAUAACAACUGGUGACAGACAAAAGCUAAAUCUGUCAUCGGGACAAGCAUCUCAUACAGGCCUUAGUGAAAGAGCUAUGAAACAUAAAGCUUUUGGUUCCAUUUUUGGACAUGCUUCUCCAGAUAAACAAAUAAAUAAAGGAAAACAACAAAAAAAUGGAACUGAAAUCACAAGGGAAGAAAACUGCAAAGUACUGAGUGCACCAGAAACAUCUUUGCAUUCUGAUUUUACAAAAUACAACAAUACUAAAGAGGAAGCUGAUGUUCUCUCAAGAAAAGAGACUGCAGGUCAUGAAAAGUCAAAAAUGAAAAUAAAGUCUAAAGAAAUCACAGAUGCAACAAAAUCACUAAUUAGUAAAAUCAGUGACAGAUAUAAAGAUGAGAAGAGCAAAACAAGAGACUCUUUGGUUUUCAACAGACCGUGUUCAAAUAAAUCCUGUUUCAGUGUCAGUAAGGAAAGUGUUCAGAAUAGAAAAUUGAAAACUACUACUUGUCAUGAUACAACUGCUGAUCAUAGUGUGUAUGACGUCUACAACUUUAACGUCAGUGUGUUUAAUGAGCCUACAAUAAAAGUUGGAAUCCAAGACCACUGUGUUAUGGAAGCAAACACUCUUACAGAUCCAAACAAAAAAGAGAACCCAGGUGAAAGUAAAGCUAGCUCUGAAAUGAAAGCAGGAAAAAAAGCUAGAUACAAUCAAAACAAAAAGCAUCUUUUCAGUGACACAGACACAGAAUACAGAGGUGAUGACAGCAAGACGGACAUCAGCUGGCUACAAAAAUCCAAAGCACCAUCUAAGCCACAGAUAAUUGAUUACAGUAGAAAUAAAAACUUAGGGAAAUCAAAAAGAAAAGGCAAAAAUGAGUUCUCUGACCCUCCUUGCCAGAUGGAUGCACCCAAAGGCAAAAGAGCAAAGAAGAAAAAGCCAACUGAAUGUAAAAAACAAAGUUCAGUAAUUGAUGAAAUAAUGGAACAAAGCACCAGACCAAAACGACCUCAAAGAGCAGUGCAACCAAAAAAUUACAAAGAUCCUUCCAGUUCAGAGUCAGAAAGUGAAUAUUCAGCAUGUACCUAUAAGAGGGAGAAAUCAAAAGUACAGAAAUGUGUGAAUGAGAAAAACAAAGAUGGUAAUCAUCAGAAGGAUCUCCAGAAUUUGGUGGAGCCAAAGACAGUAGCAACCUGUGUAAAUAAAGCAUUUAUUAAAUCAAAGAACUCUACAGAGCAAAAGGAAAUUGAAAUGUCUUCACCUGAGAGUCCUGAGUCUCUAGAGACAAUGAGAUGUGCUGAGAGAAUAUCAGAGGAAUGUGUUACUCAAGACCAUACUUCUAGUGAGGGGUCACCUGGUCUUCAGAAAUCAACACCAGAAAAAAAUGAAACAUCGAACUUUGAGAAAGGAAUCUCUCCCAGUAAUCUCUGUCUACAAAAGAAGAAUACUCAAAAUAUGUAUCUAAACCAGUCUCCUGAAAUGACUGUUAAAAAGUUAACAUUUGGAAAUAAAAGUUUCUCACCAGUUCUAACUGCUUCAUAUUUGCUCAACUUAAGUUCAGUAACCCCACAUGAAACAUACUGUGAAAAAAACACAGAGGGAUCUGUAUCUGAAACACAUGAUGCUGAUGAAAACCUAAGUUUUAGACAUGGCUUUUCAGACAAAAUUUCUACUGAAGGAAAACAACAAGACAUUACUAAACCUGUCAUAAGAAAUAAAGGAGAGGAAUUAUCUCCAGUAUCUUUGUCCAGUGGAAGUGAGGUACAGUCCUGGAGUCAAGAACCUUGUGGCCCUACACAUGAGUCAGGGCCGACUUCACAUGUAUUUCUCAAACGAAAGUAUCAACGUGAUACAGAAAGCCAUUCUGAUGAAGUAGAAACAAGCAAAGAGGAGGAAAAGAAAAGAAGCAGAAGAACAAAGUUACAGCCUAGAAAGUUAUUUAAAACAGAUGAAGCUGUUACUUACAGAGGAUAUGAAAACUUGUCUACUGUAUCUGUAAGUGAUCCAGCUGCUUUGGAUGUGGACAUCUGGGAACCUAGUUGUUCAACUAUUGAUAUAUGUCAGAAGCUCCAAAAAGAAUAUACUAAGAAAAUUGAGAGCCGUUCACGGAAAAUGGAGCACUUUGCAAAGCAGUCAUUAAGAGCUGCCAACCAGCAUUUGACAACGAUGAAUCAACAGCUUCUUGAAUGCAGGGUCAAGCAGCUGGACAGAUUUCAUUUUGUUAUUCUUCAGGAAAUUGAGAAUUUUGAGAAAGAUUCUCAGUCCCUGAAUAACAUGGAGAAAGAAUUACUGAGUUUUUGGAAAAAACAUAAGCAUACUUUAAGUACGUUCAUGAAAAGUGAGCAACAGAGGCUGCAGAUCCUUAAAACAUCCUUUGAAAAGAACAUCCACCAUAGUGUUGACUGUGAAGAAAAUAUUUUUACUUCAGAGGUGCAUCUGAUGAAAGAAGACAUGAAAGGACUCCAAGAGAAAUUUCUUAAAGAAAUGCAAGAAGAGGAACUGAUUAAUGUUCGCAGAGGAUUGCAGACAUUAUUUCUAGCAGAAGAUGGAAAAUUCUAAAGUAGUACUUCCAUAUACUUUCCUGAAAUUCGAGCUCAAUAUAAACACUCAUUUUUAAUACAAAAUUUGACUUUUUUUUUUUUACUUAAGGAAAGUACUGUAAUGAAAGCAUAUUUUUCUUAAUAAAAUCGAAGUCUUUUGACUAAGACUUCUCCAUAAGACUUCUAUUACUAGAAAAAUUUGGGAUUUUACUGAAUUUACUAAAAUACAAUACACAUUUCUUUUAUUUUUAGCUAAUGCUAUUUUUGAGGAAGUCUUCAUUAACAUUUUUCAUAGGUUAAUUAACUGAACUUUUAGAGAAAUCACUUCAAAUUUCACUUCAAAUCUAUCUCUUGGGUCGUUGUGUACAGAAUACCACCUUUCAUCUUUUUUCUGAUCCAGAAUGCAGUAAGAAAUUAUUUAGGGAUCCAGUCUCAUGUGCCAAUCUCAAUCCUGUUCAUCUGUGGCAUUAGACUUCAGUAAGAGUUUCUAACAGAAAAUGACUGUAAAUUUUUGUGGUUGAAUGAUAUUGCAAAUAUUUAUAUUAAAUAUUUCAAGAAAAAAUGUAGUGUGUGUCUUGUUUUUACAAAAUGAUGCCACUACUGUUUUGCUUUACAGUGGCAAUUCAUUAUCAUUUCAGUCACAGAAAACAUUGCUGAGCAAAUACUUUGUGCUGGACAACAAACUGUAAGAUGGUCUGCUGUCUGUGGCUCAGAAAUGUGUAUACAAAUACUACCUGUGCCUAUACAUAAAUUACAUGGAUGUCAGAAGAUUUCCUAUGAGAACUAUGAGUCGUAAUUUACUCUUUUAUUACCAUUUACUGUAUGAGUCUUGUUUAAUUUUGUAGAAAACUAUGAGAAAUACUAACUUAGAAGUUUCACAGCAUAAAUGUUCCAAACAAGCCUCAAACUGCCCUGCAUUUUAUAGUCCUUAGCAACAUUUUUUUGUCCUUUUUACUUGCAAUUCUGCGUGUGUGUGUGUGUAUGUGUGUAUAUACACACAUACAUAUACACAUACAUACACACUGGAAGCUUUUCACUCAUAAGAAUUUAGUACUUUUCAUUUAAGUCUUGUUAAAAAAUGGAGAUUGAAAACUUAGAGUUGAUUAAGGGGAAGUAACAGAUGUAGACAGUAACUUAUAGGAUGUCUUUUAGGUUGUCUACUCUAUCAUAUGAAAAGCUGCCUAUUUACUGUGGAACUGACUGCAAAUUAAU